AUGGGUAAUUAUAAAUCUCGACCACCAACCACAUGUGCCGAUGAACUGAAAAAAAAAAUCAGUGAGGGAUAUGCGGUGAUGCGUAGUCGUUUGGCUGACGACGUCAAGCAACGCCAGAAUUUGUCGGAACCCUGGAAAAUUGCGUAUGAUGGCGCCCUUGAUUCAUUUAUAUCACUUGCCACCGCUGAUUUUCUGGACAAUCAAUCGCCAUACGGGCUAACGCUAUUCCAUACAGUAUGUGCCGGGGUUGGAGAACAGCAAAUCGAUAAACUGAACCAUUUGGCGCAAUUGGUAAAGGCGAUGGAAGAGGAUAAGAAAAAGGACAUACUAUCCCGACUAUCCCAUAACGGCUUCUCUGCCCUCCAUAUCGCCAUUUUCAAGCAUUCAAUUCAAUUUGUCAGCAUUUUACUAGAAGCUGGCACUGAUCCCUCACUGGCUGGAAAGCACAGACUUCCACCCCUCCACCUGGCGGCUAUGUGCGGUAAUGCGUCCAUCUGCAAGCUUCUCCUCGACAACGGAGCAAAAAUCGAAGAAACUGAUUUCGUCAAAUUUACAGCACUCCAUUGUGCCACGCAUUUUGCCCAUGACGCGGUUGUCAAGCUAUUCUUGAACACACAGGUCAACUCCAACCUAUGCGGCGGGGUCAAGGAGCGCCCGCUCCAUCUAGCUGCCAGUCGAGGCCUGACAACGAUGGUCAAUUUGCUGUUGGAAAAUAAGGCUGACGCUUCGUUGGCAGAUGAAGAAGGCAAUUCGGCAUUACAUUUUGCAGCGAAAGGUGGGCAUGUAAAUGUGAUUGAUGUUCUUCUCUCGACGAGCAGUCAACCAUACCAGAUGAUUUCCUGUCGUAAUGUCUACGGGGAUUCGAGUUUGCACCUUGCGUGUUAUUCGGGCCGCCUGGAUGCAGCGAAGCGGUUACUAUUGGCAGGAGGGAGUCAAUUAUUGACAAUGGAAAAUGUCUUCUCGGAGACUCCACUACACUCCGCUUGUACGGGUGGACGGUCCCUUGAAUUGGUCGCAUUUCUGCUCAAGCAACCCGGAGUCGAACCGAAUUUUCAGGGGCAAGAUGGGCACACAGCAUUACAUUCCGCCUGCUACCAUGGACACCUGAGGCUAGUCCAGUUUUUGCUCGAAAAUGGUGCCGAUCAAAGUCUGACCGCUCGGGCUGUCGAUUCACCACUGAAAUGUGGCGAUUCUGAUGGAACAGCCACACCUACAACUUCCAGCUCUUCUGGCUUGGUCACUUCAGCUGUCCUAAGCCUUACUCGAGCAGAUACACCAUCAAAUCUGUCCAGCAUGAAUUCAACGAUAUCUAUGGAUGAUCAACAGACACCGAUUAUCUGGGCCUAUGAACGAGGUCACGACCGAAUUGUGGCUCUUUUAAAACACUAUGCUAGCCGAAGAGCUGAAGGAGACGUUUGCAGCGAAUAUAGCUCCGGGGAUUCCUCGUACACGCCGUUGCCAUCACCUUGGGGAAGACUCAAAUCUCUAACCAAAGAAAAAGCGGAAAUUUUGCAGCUACGCUCAUUACUAAAUCCUCGAUUUCAUUUAUCGAUGGCGGAUAUAGAUCUACAGGAAGCGAUAGGCAGCGGCUCGUUUGGUAAAGUGUAUAAAGGCACUCAUCAUGGCAGAAUUGUAGCUAUUAAAAGAUAUCGCGCCGUUUGUUACGGCAGUAAAUCUCAAGUGGAGAUGUUGUGUCGUGAGGUAUCAAUCAUGAGCCGGGUUCGCCAUCCCAAUGUGAUUGAAUUUAUUGGGGCUGCCCUAGAUGACCCUUGUCAAUUCGCGAUAAUCACCGAAUUUGUUGAGAGCGGUUCGUUGUUUUCGAUCUUACAUGAGCAAAAACGAGUUUUGGAGCCGCAGUUCCGACUUCGAAUUGGUUGGGACGUCGCUCAGGGAAUGCGUUAUUUGCAUGAAAAUGUAGGAAAACCGGUGAUCCAUCGCGAUUUGAACAGCCACAAUAUUCUAAUUCACGCUGAUGGGCGAGCCGUUGUGGCCGAUUUUGGAGAAAGUCGUUAUGGGGAUGGUGAUGACGAGAAUAUGACAAAACAGCCGGGGAAUUUGAGAUGGAUGGCCCCAGAGGUUUUCUCACAGGCCGGAAGAUACGAUCGAAAAGCCGAUAGCCGCAUGUUGAUCUCUCGAUUAUGGCUUGCGAGGUUUCCUCCGAACCCCAGCCCACCGUAUCCCAAC